CUGAAGGAGAUAUUCCGGUGGCGGCUGAAGUUGAGGGAGAACCGGCGGCGGCGGCUGAACUUGAGGGAGAACCGGCGGCGGCAGCGGCUGAACUUGAUGGAGAACCGGCGGCGGCUGAACUUGAUGGAGAACCGGCGACGGCUGAACUUGGCGGAGAACCGGCGGUGGCGGCCAUGGACGACGUCACUGAGCUUGAUGGAGAAAUUCAGCAAAAUGAGAGUGACGAUGGUUCAAUAAAAGCUCCGGAUGUUGGUAUGGAAUUUGAUAGCAAAGAAGCAGUGUGUGAUUUUUACAAGACAUAUGGGAAGCGUUUAGAGUUUCCCGUACGAACUCUGAGUGCCACCAAACACAAAAAUGGCAACCUAACACAAAAACCGCCAAAAAGGACCAUUGGAGAAGGGGAAGAAGAAAUCAAGUGCUAGG